GUAAGUCUUAAUUCAUUACACAUAGUACUAACUUUGAUUCACCUCUCAUGUGAUUAGAUAGAUCGAAACAUCAAAUGUAAGUAAAAGAAUGUAAUGAAUAUACAUCUUAAUUUAGCAUUUUAAAUUUUUUGGUUGUGAUUAUACCUUCUAGUAGUAGACAUAGGUUGAGUAUGUGGAAACUUACACAACUAUUAUCUAAGCAUCCUCCCAUCUUUUCUUUUUUAUAGCUUAUUUUCAAGCAUUAUCAGCCUACAAUGAAGUUUUUUACGUUCUCUAUUUUGAAUUCUGUUAUUUCUUCAAAAUAAUUUUCUCAGCAUUUGACAUUGUUUUUCCGUCAAGGCAGGAUACCGGCAGAACAGAUGUUCAAUCGUCUCUUCUUUUUCAAUCCAAACUUUACAAUAGUUUCCUUACUCCUAAUGAGUUGUGCCAACAAAACAUUGUCCAGUGGUCACACUAAUGGUCUUCUGGAAUCAUUUCUGUUCAACCAUUUAUCCUGAUGAUUGGCUCUAAUUCCUUUAACAAUAACAUCUUUUAACAAUUCAAUCCAUGUAACUCUAACUGUCUCUUCGGCACCAUCUCCUAGACUUACGAACUUAAAAACAAUUCUCAGAUUUUUUACUAUAAACUAUUUCUAAUACACUCUUAUUGGGUCACCCGGUACAUUAAUUUCCCGCUCAGAUCCUCGACGAGUCUUCUAAUAGUCUUAUCAAACGCUGUAUAUCGUCUUUUGGCCAAAUGAAAUAUUUAUGCAUCUAAAUGUUUUUGAUUUUAGGUCUCUCUAAAACAAGUCUUUUCAAUAAUUCUUUAAGACUUUAUUUGAUAAAGACAUAAAGAAAAGUCGGAUGGUCAAAUUUUAUCUUUCUUCCAAAAAUUAUUGAAUAGACUAGUUUUAAAACAGAACAUUUAGAUGCAAUUUAUUAAAAUUUUUACAUAUGAAUUCAGGCAGAUUUUAGGGCGCUAUUUCAAAACCAAAAAACUGAACUAGAUUAUACAGAAAUUUUUCAUUUGUGAAGAAAAUUGAAAUACACAAUUGUCAGAUAUGUUUGUGUAAUUUUUUUUCAACAACAACAACAUUUGAAGAGUUUAAAUAUGAUGAAAUAAAUGUUAACUAAAACUAAACAUUGUAAAGUACAUAAUAAAUUAUUUAUGGAGCAUGAAACCAAGCAACCGAUUUAACGAACUGAAACCUAACCUCACUUUUGACACUUUUUGACCGAAUUUGCCAGUAGGUUGAUUUAAAACGACUUUGGUGAAACCGAAGGUCAGGUAAUUAAUUGGGCCCCAUAUAUACAUUUAGUGAGGAAAAGGCUAAAAGAAGGAAAUAAUAAUGUAAAGAAGGAUAACUAUAAGUAAUCCAAAUAUUUGUUCUGAAAACAAUCCCGAGUUAAACAAGUUCUAAAAAUAUCAAUUCCGUAAUUUUCAUAGAAGUAUCUCUAUAUUUAAAAUAUCAAUAAUAUGGUUGAGUAAUCGAAAAAAAAAAAAAUAAUAAAUGAUUAAUUAGAGGUCAAUAUACAAUUCAGUUAAAUCUAAACAUCACAUAAUAUUCUUUAAUCUAAGUUCAGUUGAGAUUUGUAUGGAUAUUGAACAUCCAUCACUUAGCCACAGUGUUGUAACAGAUUGUACUGCUGAUCACCGCUAUAGAAGCCAAAUUCAGCGCCAUCUAGUGACACGUGGUUUUCGCUAACAACUCGCAUCUAACCCUCACCAGGUCUGUUUUAAAAAACUGAUAUUAUUUGAGAGACUACAAACACUUGUAUAGUGAACAUGGAUUACAGCAAUGUGGUGAAAAGAAAACAGAAUCCUAGAGAGAAAGCAAAUAUAUUUUCAAAGUUAACGUUUGCAUAUACAGGAAAAGUUUUUAAAAAAGCACUGAAAAAUGACUUGGAAGAACAAGAUUUAUACGAUGUCGUCAGCAAUUUUAAAUCGAAAAAAUGUGGUGAUCAAAUCGAGAAACAAUGGAAAAAAGAAAACAUAAAUAGCACUCCUGGUUCAAUAUAUAAAUUAUUAUGGCACAAAUUUGGUUGGAAAUACCUUUUAAUUGGUACUAUCGAUUUAUUUUAUAAAAUAUUUAAUAGUGUAAUUGAACCACUCGCCGUUAGCAAACUAAUAUCGUAUUUUGACAUAACGACUGACUUAUCAAAAGAAGAAGCAUACUUCUGGGCUACUGUAGUUCUUCUAAAUAACAUUAUUUACACUGUAUAUUAUCAAAAUUCACAACUUUGGGCUCAACAAUUAGGAAUCGAAAUGAGAACAUCUUUCUCAGCUAUGUUAUACCGUAAAGCGCUAAGAUUAACUCCUUCAGCUGCUGCCAAAAUUAAUUUGGGCAAUAUCGUCACACUCAUAACCAAGGAUGUGUACGCUUUUCAACAGUCGAUUUGGAUGUUUAACGACAUGUGGAACGGAUCAGUACAGAUGUGUGUUAUUUGUUACAUUCUAUAUAACAAAAUUGGUGCAUCUUCUUUUAUUGGAAUCGGAGUUAUAUUAUCUGUUCUUCCAUUACAAGUUUAUCUUGGGAAAUUGAUAGGCCGUUAUAGACUACAAACUGGGCGAAAAACUGAUGAGCGAUUACAGGAGACUCAAGAAACGUUGUCAACCAUAAAGAUAAUAAAAAUGUAUACAUGGGAAUUAUUUUUUCGUAACAAGAUAAAUAAAGCUAGAAGAGAGGAGACCAACAGGAUUUUGAUAAGCUAUAACUUACGUAUCCUUCAAGUAAUCAUUGGAGUACUGUUUUCAAAACUAGGGUUCUAUUUUUUAAUAAUGUCUUACAUUUGGUUAGGUUACGCUACAAAUACUGAACUUGUUUUUUACGUGAGCACAAUGUUCAAGGAUAUAGAAUAUAACUUGGGUGGAUUAAUACCGUAUGGUAUGGGUGGAGCUGCAGAACUAUACUCUGCUGUAAACAGAAUAAACCGAGUAAUAACAGCGGAGGAAUUACCACCAAAAGUAGGCUCAGACAAACCUACAGAUAAGCCGUUGUUAGAAUUGAUAAACGCUAGCGUGCACAUCAACAAUAAUAUUAUUUUAGAAAAUAUCAAUUUAAGAUUGGAGAACGGUUUAACGGUUAUUACUGGCAAUGUUGGUAGUGGAAAAAGUUCGUUGCUAAAAGCGUUGUUACAGGACUAUCCUUUAACUAGUGGUAAAAUUUUGUCCAACGGAAGAAUUUCAUAUGCCUCGCAAGAUCCUUGGUUGUUUCCGUCAUCUAUUAGACAAAACAUUAUAUUUGGAGAAAGUUAUGACGAAAAGCGGUAUCUGGAAGUGUGUCGUGUGUGUGCUUUGGAAUACGACUUCCAACUAUUCGAGAAACGCGAUGAAACUAUUGUUUGCGAUAGGGGUAUGAAUUUGAGCAAAGGCCAACAAGCCCGUAUCAAUUUAGCUAGAGCCGUUUAUAAAAACAGUGAAAUCUAUUUAUUAGACGAUUCCUUAACGGCUUUAGAUAGUCAAGUUCAAGAUUAUAUUUUUAACGAAUGCAUCAAAAAAUUUUUGAAAAAUAAAACCUGCGUUUUGGUUACUCAAACUAUAAGUCAAAUGAAAUAUGCAGAUAACUUAGUACUCAUGGAAAAUUCGACAAUAAAAUGGAUGGGUCAACCAGAUGAUCACUUUUUAGCAGACAUUAAUAAUAUAGUGACACCACAAGAUUCGCAGAAAGAAACAUCAGAGGACAAAGAGGAGGAUAAAGUUAAAAAGAGUACGCUCGAUGAUGAUGACGAUUAUUACGAGGAAACCGUCGAGCUUCUUGAAACUGAACAAACAAAUAAACAAAAGAUUUAUGGUGAAGUUCUCAGGAAAGGCAAAGUUUCUCUUGCCAUUUAUUAUAAAUAUAUACUCUUUGGAGGAGGAACUUUGUUUUUAAUUUUAAAUUUGUUCGUAUUUGGUGUCACACAAGGAGCAGAAAGUGUUUCUGAGUAUUUACUCACAAGAUGGGUUGACCAACAACAGAUAGUUUUAACUUUUGGAAACGUUACUCACAACGCCACUUAUAACGAGGCGUUGAAUAAAAGCAAUUAUAUUAUUCAAAUUUAUUCAAUAAGUGUAUUAGUUGAUGCUGUUUUGAACAUACUAAGAACUUAUUUAAUUUUGGAAAUGUGUAGAAAAGCAUCCGCAAAUCUGCACAAAACUAUGAUUUCCAGAAUAAUUAAUGCGUGCAUGUCUUUCUUCGACACACAUUUUUUAGGAAACAUUUUAAAUAGAUGCUCUCAAGAUCUUAGUAAUGUAGAUGAACAGGUGCCAUUUGUCAUCAUGGAAGUUCUAAGGGUUGCCUUUGUAAUUGCAGGUAUUAUAUUUGUAAUUUCAACAGUGAAAAUAUCUUUUCUGGCAAUUGCUGUGAUAAUAUUCACGUUACUUUUUUUCAUGAGGAAAGCUUAUUUACCCACCGGAAGAAGUUUGAAACGUUUAGAAGCUACGACUAGAUGUCCUAUGGUUGGGCAUGUCAAUGCUUCUUUAGAAGGUCUAACGACUAUUAGAGCCUACGCAAUGCAGGAGACUUUAAUAAACGAAUUCGAUAGGUAUCAGGAUGUUUUUACUUCUGCUCACUUCGAAUGGCAAUGUACAACUGGUGCGUUUGGAUUCUACAUGGAUUUCGUUACUAAUAUUUUCAUUUCGCUCGUUGUUUUAACUUUGGUGUUUAUCGAUCCAGAUAACAGUGCUGGAGAUGUUGGAUUGGCAGUAACGCAAGUCAUGGCUUUAUCAGGUGAAGUUGAAUGGGGAGUACGCCAAUGGGCUGAUCUUGAAAGUUAUAUGACGUCCAUGGAACGACUCUUAGAAUAUACCGAAAUCGAAACGGAAACUAAAAACGGAGAAGAAAUUGAAAAUUGGCCAUCAGAGGGAGCCAUAAUUUAUGAAAAAGUAUCAUUAUCUUAUAACGAUACCGAGUCAGUACUGAAAAAUAUAAGUUUUAAAAUCCGACCCAAUGAAAAAGUUGGUAUUGUAGGAAGAACGGGAGCUGGAAAAUCUUCCAUCAUAGCUACACUUUUCAGACUGUAUGAAGUAGAAGGUAACAUAUUUAUCGAUGGAAGAGAAAUCAAAAAUUUAUCGUUAAAUUUCCUCAGGAAGAAAUUGGCAAUAAUUCCGCAAGAUCCUAUUUUAUUUUCCGGAACAAUUAGAACAAAUUUGGAUCCAUUCGGUGAAUUCACAGAACAGGAAUUAUGGGAAGCUUUGGAGAGAGUUGACAUUAAAAAUAUUAUUCAAGAUCUGGAUCAAAACGUCAAAAGUCAUGCUUCCAGCUUCAGUUCGGGACAAAGACAACUUAUAUCGGUAGCACGAGCGAUUUUACGGAAAAACAAAAUAGUUAUCUUGGACGAAGCUACGGCUAAUAUGGACCACGAAACCGAUGCUAUGUUAUACAAUAUAAUACAAGAAAAUUUUAAAGAUUGCACUGUUCUCACGAUUGCUCAUAGAUUAGAAACAAUAAUACAAUCUGAUAGAGUGAUUGUUAUGGAUAGAGGAGAAAUAAAACAAUUCGAUGAACCUUCAACAUUGCUGGAAGAUAAAGACGGUAUAUUUUAUAAUUUGGUACAACAAGCCGGUUUAAUUGAUUAAUUAUUUAUAAAGAAUGAAAUAUACAUUACUCAAUAA